AUGCCGCCUAAACGUGCUACGCGCCGGGCUGGCGCGACUCCUCAACGGCCACAUCCGGCGCCCGAAUUUGAGUCCAUCCUCGACCUUGUGCAAGGACCUGUUUUGCCCAGUGUUCCAGUCCAAGCAUCGUUCAACUAUGGCGCUACUACUACCACAGCAUUACCCAAGCGCAUGUCGAUGCGGCCCAAUGUUGGGAUUGACCAGGCGGUUGGAGCAGUCGAUGCCCAUCUUGAGGUUGCUCGGAAGCGAACAGCCGCUACAAAGAAGAAGCAAGGCCCCCAAGCACGCCAGUCAAAGCGUGAGCCAACACCCGACGAGGCUCAGCUUCAGCAGUCGCUACACAAUGCAGCAGACGAACAUUCCGAUCAAACUCCUUCGCCUCCUGUUCCACAUUCGGUAUCAACGGACUCUAGUCCGGGCGCUCAACCCCCAUUAAAACGCCAGUUGUCGAACUCUCCUCUUUAUCCAUCGCCGCUUCAGCGGGCAGGAUCUCCUCGCAUUCACAGUCCUCUGGGUAGCAGCUCGCCAUUCCGCCACAGCUCUGUCGACAAUGCUUCUGUUGCGUCUUGGAAUCUGGAACGUGAUAUUAACGAUGAUGACCUGCAAAGAACGCGACCAAGCAAACAUGGACGCAAUAUCACAGCGCCCCCUCGACGAAUUUCUGGCCUGGCUAAUGUUCUCGAGGAGGAGGAGGAAGAAGAAGAGGAAAAAGAAGAAGAAGAAGAUAAGUUUGAAUCGGCGAUAUAUCACGAUUUAGAGCCCGAUGUCCCUAAGGAAGGCUUUUUGCGUCGAUGGCUAGGAUCAGUGCGACCCCAACAUCAGGAGCCCCAGAGUAACAAUGAACCCCUCACCGGGGUACGCCCAAAAAGCUGGAUGCAGAUGUUCUCGGCAGUAAUGGAGGGCCCCUAUCAAAACUGGAUCCGGGGUGCCUUCUAUUUGCUUUUGUUCCUGAGCUUUAUCUUCAUGCCCCUGAUUGCCGCAAAGCUUCGCGUUUAUCUAGAUCAUGGUGUUCUGGAUUGGGACUUGUCUUCGAACGUAAACAUGUCUAAACCGGAAGUUUUCCAUAGCCUUCGGAACCAGGUAUCAAAAAUGGACAUUCAGAUGUCAUCCCUGUCGAAAGAGAUCAGCUCUGUUCGAUCGGAAAAGUCCAUUCAUGAUUCGACGCCCACGGAUGCAAGCCUCCAUCAGAAACCGGUCUAUAAGGUGAAUUUCCUUUCGGUGGCAUUGGGGGCAAUCAUUGACCCAGCGAAAACAUCACCAACUUUGGGUCCCAAGCAGAGCGCUUCCCUCCGAGCACUCCUCUGGGCGACUUCAUUUGCAACACGACGCACCCUCCGAGCACCGCAAUCCCCCAUGUCUGCCCUUAGCACGUGGGAAGAGGUAGGCGACUGCUGGUGCAGUGCCCCUCGCAAUGGAAUAACCCAACUAUCUGUCCUUCUCGGCCGCGACAUCGUGGCAGAAGAGUUGGUCGUUGAGCACAUUCCCGCGGGCGCUUCUCUCGAACCAGAAGCGGCACCUCGAACAAUUGAGCUGUGGGCUCGCUUCAAAGUGAACCCGCACAAAACACCAGUCAAAGCCAAACCAACGCCCGAGGCUCGACCUGGUCGUGGCUUCCUGAAACUCUUCGGAGAUGCCACAGUGUCACAAGCGCCGCCGUCAACCCAGGCCCCUUCGUCCCGCGAAACAGGACUUGGGGGAUUCCUAAUCCCUGGAAUCGGUUCACUUCACGGGUUGGUGAUGGAUCUAUUGCGUCGGAGCAACCCCUUCGAACCUCCAAGCGCUUACUCAGACGACCCAAUCCUCGGCCCCAACUUCUACCGCAUCGGGAAGGUCGAAUACGACCUCCACAGCCCGGACUAUGCACAGACAUUCAAGCUCAACACCAUCGUCGACGUGUCAACAAUCCGCGUGGACAAGGUUGUCUUCCGAGUGACCUCAAAUUGGGGUGCCAACCACACCUGCAUCUACCGAUUCAAGUUACACGGACACCUCUAG